CGCCAAAGGAAGGUGCGUAGAAUUUGGCUAAACUACAUUUUGUGAUUGGACGAAGUCCAAAUUUGCCAAGUGCCUUGCUGGUAGGUGAAUCUCCAGAACCAGCCAUUUCAGUAUUUUAUAUUAGGAGUACCCGGUGAUUUAACAAUUCUAGAUCAUUCAAACAAAUUAUCGUCAGUUCUAUAAAUAACUGUACAAACCUCAAUCGAUAGUUGUUGAAAAACUAGUGAUUUAUUAAUUACUUGAGUGAUGAUGAAAUUGGAAUGAACUUGUGGUUAGUCCUGACUGGAUUUCACUGGUUGCGGAGCGAAGAUUGAAGAAUGGAGAAGAGCAUGAACUCAUAAACGAGCAUAAUUUUAUACGGAGUUGUUGGAUGGUGGCGCUGUUAAACGGUGGCACGAAAAAUAGAACGGAGCCGGCUGGCACCGAUGGAGAUUGUUGUGGUGGAUUUGUGUAUGCAACGAGAGGAUCAUGUCACAAUUGAAUAAUAUGAAGAGAAAAAGAACGAAUGGGGAGAGCCAUUCUGAGGACGAUGAUGACAAUAAUUCGGAUUUCACGUCGAAUAAAUCAGAUCCCCCACGUCUCUGCCCCUACCUCGACACCAUAAACCGACAAUUUCUCGACUUUGAUUUCGAAAAGUUGUGCUCAGUGUCUCUGUCUCGAAUCAAUGUGUACGCUUGUCUCGUUUGUGGAAAGUAUUUCCAGGGAAGAGGGACAAAUACACAUGCGUACACCCACAGUGUUGCUGAGAGUCAUCAUGUCUUUUUGAACCUCCAUACCUUGAAGUUUUAUUGCCUGCCUGAUAAUUAUCAAAUUGUUGAUUCAUCUCUGGAUGAUAUAAAGUAUGUUCUGAAUCCAACAUUCAGUAAAACUCAGAUUGCUCAGGUGGACAAGACAGAUAAACUGUCGAGAGCCAUUGAUGGCUCCAUGUAUUCGCCAGGGAUCGUUGGGAUGAAUAAUAUAAAGGCGAAUGAUUAUUGCAAUGUGGUUUUACAGGCUCUGUCCCAUGUCAGUCCACUCCGAGAUUUUUUCUUGAGAGAAUCCAACUAUUCCAAAGUUAAAAGACCACCUGGUGAUUCGUCAUACCUUCUCGUCCAACGAUUUGGGGAAUUGAUGAGGAAAUUAUGGAAUCCACGUAAUUUCAAGGCCCAUGUGAGUCCUCACGAGAUGCUCCAGGCUGUGGUUUUGUGGAGUAAAAAGAGAUUCCAGUUCACAGAACAAGGAGAUCCUGUUGAUUUUCUAUCGUGGUUUCUCAAUGCUCUCCAUCUCGCACUGAAUGGCAGCAAAAAACCCAAUUCAAGUAUUAUUUACAAGACGUUCUUAGGUCACAUGAGGAUAUACACUCGAAAGAUUCCACCCCUUGAACUUGAGGAGAGCCAGAGAAGUGAGUUAUUGAAUACUAUUGAAUAUGGUGAGACUGUCACAGAGAGUCCAUUUUUGUAUUUAACUUGUGAUUUGCCACCUCCACCAUUAUUCAAGGAUCAAUUCACGGAGAAUAUAAUUCCUCAGGUGAAUCUUUACACACUCCUGAAUAAAUUCAAUGCAGUCACAGAGAAGGAGUACAAAACAUACAAGGAGAACUUUAUGAAACGAUUUGAGAUUACAGAACUGCCGCCUUAUCUAAUCCUGUAUAUAAAAAGAUUCACGAAAAAUACAUUUUUCGUUGAGAAGAAUCCAACAAUUGUGAAUUUUCCAGUCAAGAAUGUCGAUUUUGGGGAUAUAUUGACGCCAGAAGUGAAAGAAAAGCACCCAUGCUCUACGUACGAUCUAAUUGCCAACAUUGUUCAUGAUGGCGAGCCUGGCCAGGGCACAUACAGAGUCCACAUUCUGCAUAAAGCUACGGGACAGUGGUAUGAACUGCAGGAUCUCCAUGUCACACCAAUUUUACCUCAAAUGAUAACUCUUACUGAGGCAUACAUUCAGAUCUAUGAAUUAAGAAAAGAGAAUGGAGCAGCCACUAAUCCACCUCAAGGAAAAUCCACUACAUGAUAGGACCAAAGUUUUUUAUGCAUUCCCGGACAUUUAGAGAAAUCUAGUGUUCUGGAUACAUUUCU